UCCCUCCGCGCUGCUCUCUGUGCGGCGCAGAGCGCGCGGCUCUCCGCUGCUCCGACAGAGUUGAUCAGUGUCCUGAUGGGUGGACGAUGGAUGACUGAUCAAUCAAACCCCGCGCUCGACUCACAUCCAGGAGACACAGAUCAGUAUUGAUUACUGAUUAAUGAUCGGUAGCUGUUAGUGUGUGUGUGUGUGUGUGUGUGUAUGUGUGUGUGAGAGCGGAGUUCAGCGCUUCAAACCCACAGGACUCUACUUUCUUCAUCCAUCAAUACCUCCUCCUCCUCCUCCGGGAUGAAGACUCCUCUCAGCCCCUCUCAGCUCCUGGAGUGUGGGCAGAUCUUUGCCUUUGGAGGGAUGUGUCAAGAGCUGAUGGACAGGCCCAUACCUACAACCAUCAGUCUCUCUGUACAGCAGACUCCAUCCCCAGUCUCACUCUUCGUUACUGUCUUCUCCUACGGUCUGACCAAUUCCUGUCAGGGUGGGGCCUAUUCGCUGUGUGAGGUGUGUAACCUGCAGCUGACCUCUGCUGCUCAGGCCCAGGUGCACUACAAUGGCAGGUCUCACCUCCGGAGAGUAAGACAGUGCCAGGCUGGAGAGACAGGACAACUGGCAGCAGCAGGGGCUCAGUCUAGGUCUCUUCCCCAGGCCACAGGGCUCAUCUCCCAGCCUACAGGACUAACUCCGACCCCUGGCCCCAGUCCAGGCCUCAGCGCUCCAUCCAGCAUGACUGCAGGAAGUGGGUGUGGUGCUGUGGGUGGGGCGUUGCCAGGGCUGACAGGCGCCACUGGUUCCUCAGUGAUGAUGAAAUCGUUCCUGCCGUUUCCUGUCGAGACGACGUCGCCAGUUGGACUUUUCCCAAACUUCAGCACGAUGGACCCGGUGCAGAAGGCCGUCAUCAACCACACCUUUGGCAUUACCUUGGUACCCAAGAAGAAACAGGUCAUCUCAUGUAACGUCUGCCAGCUGAGGUUCAACUCUGAUUCUCAGGCAGAAGCUCAUUACAGAGGCAGUCGUCACGCCAAGAAGGUCAAGUCUCAGGAGAACAAGGCCAAGGCCAAGCUGUCAAUCACUGGAAAGACCAAUGGGAGCAGUACAAGUCCUGCUGGCCCUGCCCCUUCCAUCUCAGCUAACAGCAGCAUCGAUCAGCACACAGAACUCACUGACUCCUCCUCUCCUCUCAAACCCUUCCUCCUCCCCUCCUCCUCCUCCCCUCUCUCCUCCUCCUCCCCCUCCUCUAGUAGAGCAGGCAGUGAGCCUCCUCCCUCCAGUCCCCCCUGCGCACUCACCGCCCCGGGCCUCUUCUCCUCUCCUUCCUCCUCUUCCUCUUCUUCCAAAGCCUCUCCGCCUCCCCCUCCUCUAGCUCCUGUCACCUCCUCUUCGUCCCCUCCUCCUCCUCCUUCCCAGGCCUCCUCCCAGGGGGCUCCACUCUCAGUGGAGUCGGAGGAGGAGAAGGCGAAGAAGCUGCUGUACUGCUCUCUGUGUAAAGUCGCCGUCAACUCUCUGUCUCAGCUGGAGGCUCAUAAUGCAGGUUCAAAGCACAAGACGAUGCUGGAGGCUCGGAGCGGCGCUGGGCCAAUCAAGGCCUACCCUCGACCCGGAGCCAAGCUGAAGAACGGCAGCAGCUCCGGAGUGAAGGGCUCCGGCCUGCAGAACAAAACCUUCCACUGCCAGAUCUGCGAUGUCCAUGUCAACUCUGAGAUCCAACUCAAACAGCACAUCUCCAGCAGGAGGCACAAAGACAGAGUGGCAGGAAAACCCAGCAAACCCAAAUACAGCCCUUAUAACAAACCGCAGCGCAGAUCACUCACUGAGUUGGUGAAGCCCUCCCUCUCUCCCUCCUUCCUCUCCUCUCCCUUUGCUCCUCCGCCCUCCUCCCUCACCUCCUCCAUCUCGCUCCCUCCCACUUCUCUCUCCUCCUCCCCCCUCCUCACUCCCACCUCCUCACCCCUCACCCCUGCCAUCUCUCUCCACCCACGCCCUCCAGCCGCCUCGUCCCUCUUCACCGCGUCCUUCCUGCGUCCGGCUCCUGGACCAAUCAGAACGAGCCAAGGAUCGAUUCUCUUCACACCCUACUGACGGCAGCAUCAGCUGUGGGGAGUCGAACCCGAGACCUCUGACCUCUGACCUCCAGUUUGUUGGAGCUACAGGGGCAGAAGAGUCCAGGAGAGACAUCAGCUCUGCCAUCAUGGCUGCAGGGAUUCAAACCUGCAACCUUCUCACCUGACUGAGGCUUCAAAAAGAGACCUGAGAGGACAGAACCUCCUCCUCCUCCUCCUCCUCCUUCUGUCUGGAUCUCCUUCUCGGGUCUAAAAGUUCACCGCUGACCCGACAGAAACCUGUGAAGAUUUUAUCCAAACAAGAAAGGGACUCGUUGCUUUAAAUAAACUACAAACCUGAAGCCAAACAGAACAAAAGCUGAAAGGUUCCCACACAUCCUGGAAAACCUGGAAUUUUUUUUAAUGCAGUCAUUGAUAUCUGGUCAUGGAAAAGUCCUGGAAAAAUUACAGAAUUGCCCCAAAAUUUCUAGAAAGCAAUAAGUGGUCCUGGAAAAAAUCAGUAUGCAGCUAAUUUGUCGUCCCCAUUUGUCAUUUUGAUGCUCCAGAUUCAGCUGAUUCAAAACAUCCAACUGGAAGAAAAAUAAGUGAAACAUUUAACUUGUGCAUGGAAAUAUAGAGAAUAUUUAUAUUUUUCUUUCUUUAAACCUUUUACCAAAAAGCACCCCAAAGUGCCACGUAAUUUAUGACAAAUGAUUCUUUGUGGUAGCCUGAAUCAACUCAAAAUAAAGCUGGAGUUGGGUUUUAAUAUAUUUUGGUUUGAUUGAGAUAACAAGAAUCAGAACCAGGAUUUGUGAUGAACCGGAAUCGACAAGCAGAAUCUAAAAAAGCUCAACGAUACCCGAACCUGCUCCUGGUUAAAAUGCUCACAAAUUCACAUGACGAACACAGUCAUUCAUGCCAGUAAUUUGCUGCAUUUUGAUUUUCACUCUAAAGAUGCAGCUUGUGUUGAGACCAGACACUAAGGUGGACAUGAAAGUCUGGACUCAGAACCCGGUUCAGGCCAGGUUGGAUCAGGUCCUCAGAGUUUGGAGGGGGUUGGUUCUGUCUGAACAAAUCUCCUCUGAACACAGAAGAAGCUCUUCUUCCUCCUGCUGGAGGAACUAACCAGCACAAACCUGAUGUCAGAGAACUCAGCAGACGUCCUCGUCUGAUUCGUCAUGAACGAAUACUGCAGAUGUCUUCAUGUCAUAUCAACACUGGACUGUGAUGCCACAGAUGUCCUCCCUCUGACGUUCCUGCGCUUAUGUUCGACUCGUUCCUAACAUACAGCAAACAAACUGCAAAGUGGAGACAGAGAAAUUGGAAGAUAAGGCUGGCGGCAUUCUAUAUUUAGGGCCAGAACCAACUAUGUGUUCGUCCGUCUCUCAGUACUUUCAGACUUCCCUACCCCGUCUGUGGCUCUCAGCCCCAAGUCCACUGGUUCCUACUUAAGAUUAAAUCUGUAAAAAUGGUUCACAAAUACAUAGUUUCAUUUUUAUAAAAGGCUCAGUAAUUUCCUAAAGCAGCUGAACACUGCAGUUUUUAGCAAAUGUUACUCAAACAGGAGGAAAUAGUGCAUAAACCGUUUCGGUUUGUUUUGUCUGAUCGUCUCACUACUUGUGUUUCUUGACCCGUCCGACUUGUCGCUGUGUUCACAGAUCUCAACUAUUAACUCGUUGAGUACAAUUUUAUUAUUAGUGAUAGAAAUGAGGGACAAAACUAUGAAAAUAAGACCUAAUUUGCAUGACCAUAGCCAGGAUUAUAGAAAUACCAGAGUCAUGAGUCCAAACUGGCCCAACAUAACCCCACCUACCUCUGAAACUUUUCACCUGCCACAAAAAAAAAUAGAAAAAUAGAAAACCCCCACUUUAUUUUUAUUCAUUUUAUUUUUCACUUAAAUCUUGCAUGUCAUCUCCUACAUUCUGGUCUCCAUGUUGUUUCUAUGCACUGUCAGCCAGGUAUGUAAUUCUGGUGGACACUAAAUCCCUUUAACACCCUAAAACAGUCAAAAGUUAGUAUAUUUACAUACAAAAAAUUCUAAAUCAGCUUUAAAAAACCUAAAAAUGUGCAAUUUGUGUUUAAUUGAUGGCAUGUAACCCCCCUAAAAAUCCCCAAAUUAUUACAGGCGACAUCACCUCUGUGUCCUCAAUGGUGGCUACGGCCCUGACAAGAUGGAAUAAACUGGAAUGAUCCUUUAAUGGAAACAUAGUUUUAACUGUCCUGCAGCGAUAGGAGCCUAAACUAGCUAAACUUUCAGUUUUAACAGAUCAGCAAAAACUGCCAAAAAAAACAGAAAGUCGCAUCAGGAUGGUUAAUUCAGGACAGUUUGUUGCUCGUUCUCGCCUCCUGCUGACUUAACUUGCUGUACGUUUGAAACCAGAGUUUGAACUGAAGUACGAGUACGUGAAUGCCUCCUCCUUAUAUCUGAUGUCCACACUUCUGCCUGUACCUGUUGUCGUCUUCACUGCCAGUGUGUUACAGACUCACUCUGCACUUUGGAGCGGGCUACUUCCUGGUUUUACAUUGAAAAAGGCCUUCCGUCCUGACUGUUGGCUGAUGUGAACACUCAGUCAGUCGGUUCAGUUUCAACCUUCCCGCCGUCACUGAAUCUGACUAGAACUUUGUGGAGUUUAAAGCGUCUGAACAGAACUUUUACUGCAACUGAAACUUUUUUCACAAAGAGUCAGAGGAACUUUUUAAGACUUUUAGCACAUCACUGGAACUUUUCACAACCUGCAACAGCAAAGCGACGAUUUCCGUAAAUAAGCUUAUUCACUUUCCAUGAGCAAAAGUAAAUAUUAACAUGUGUCUGGUUGCUUUUUCUGUGCUCUAAUAAUUUAUGUUACAAUGUAUGUUGUAAAUAUUUACCUAACACUUUUUCACAACUUUCAAACAACCACAUUAUCUGUCCAUCCAUCCAUCCACCACUUUGGUCUGGAGAUAGAUUGCUCAGCAACUACUGGCCACAUUUGGAUGAAACCUUUAGAUUUGGCCCCACGACCUUUCUUCUAGUGCCACCCUCGGGAUAAACCUCACAUGUUUUGCUCCACUACUAGUAAGGCUCUAAGAAUAGCUAAAUAAUUAGCAUGUUAUUUGUGACAAAAUAAUCUCAACUCAGAGUCUUUAUCAGUGAAUGCCGAUGUAUCAUCACAUGACCUAAGUGUGGAGCUUCGGUGAUAGCAGGUGUCAUAUAUGGAGGGAGAUGAGAAGCCCUGUCUCUGUUCAAAGAUGGUCUCUGACUUUGGAUGUGAAUGUCCUCUUUGAGCUUUCUCCGGGGCAAUGACCUUUGACCUCUUCCCAGUCAAUGCUGUAAACAGUUUUGGUCUGGUAUUCACAGAGAGCUGAUGUUGUGUUCAGUGUUCAUUCAGUCUCUUUUGGCAGAUUUUUUCUGUUGCUUUACACUGCACCUCUCCCAGUCCCUGUCACCCAGGAGAUAUAUACAUAUGUAUAUGGGAGCAGAGAAAAAAGUUGUCGUCAAACCAUGUGAGUGUGUAAAUACAUCUCAGCAUCAUGGUUAAGUUAUCCAGCCAGCCAGACACUAUAACAAAGUGACCAUUUGGACUUUAAUUACUUUUGUAAGUUACUUUAAUGGGUUGAGAUGCAACAUUUUUAUGGAUAAGUAUGGCCGCACCUCGACUUCUUUCAGAAAACCAGGAGUAAAACUGAUCGAUCCAGGCUCUCUUAAUAUAUGAAACAUCUGAGGGUUGGAAAUGGGUUUCUUGAAGAAAGAACACAUCACCUUUGUUCAAGUUGCUUUAAGUGUGUUACUACUUUGCCAGCUUUUAUGGCUCCAUUGACUCCUUUAAUAUUCCAUGAGACAAAAGGGCAACUCCUGCCCUGAGACCCCAAGACAUUAACCACAAUUAGUUAUGAAUUUCUGUGACAUGAUGCGCUUGGAACUGAGAGAAAAACAAAUGAAAAACGAAAACAAAAGAGCAGGAAAAAAUGAUUACGAGCUUUCCAGAUGGUUUUCUUUAGUAUUUUGUCUGUAUUGAUCAGUUCUGGCAGGAAGGUUUGGACCGUUUCAGACAGCCUCUCCAGCAUGAACAAAAUACUGAAGUACUGAGUAGCGAGUCUGUACUGCCAGUAUAGUUAUCUUGAUGACUUUUACGUUUCCCAAAUGAGCCGUUUUCAUAUUGUCAUAUUGUUUGGCUGACAUGACGUCAUAUGGUGCUGUCAAGAUGUGAUUUAUAUUGUUUUAUACUGCACUUUUUUUGUUGAUUUAUGUAGCUAUACAUUAUAUAAUUAUAUUAUAUCAUGUAUUUUGUUCAAGUUUUGGCAGGUUUUCAUCAUCCAAUCCUUGUAACAGACUUAGGUCAUGUGAUGAGGCCUGAGCUAGCUCCAUUUGCUAAAGAAGAAAAGCUCAAAAGUGGACUUUUGAGUUGAGAUUAUUUUAUGACACAAACUGAUCAAAAAGGAACUUCGAUGCUCAACAUCAGUAUUUUGUUUUGUCUGUCCAACAUUUUCAUGUUGUGGCUAUAAUGAAAACUGCAGCCUCUACGGGGGAACUAGCAGGACCGUCGACUGUUGGUCAAACAUCAUUGCUAGCAUAUAGCUUUCUUUAGCAUUUUUAGACUUCCAUGUAAUAAAAUUUAAAUGAUCAGGUGGUUGUUUGACAGUCGUGAACAUGCUUCACAGAACCAGGAGAAACCAUAGAAAACACCAGAGAAAACUCACAAAGUUAAAGACGAGGUGGUAAAAGCUCCUCCUCUAUGGUGAUGUUUGUUGGGAGUCUUGUCCAAUCAGUCUGUUCAUCUCCAGAUUCUGAAGGCUCUUCUCUGAUUGGCUAUCAGCAAUGUCAAUAAUGUACCUGAGGGAGAGUCAAUUGUUCCACUCUGGGAUCAGUUUAUUAAAAAGCAUCUUAGGAAAUGGCUUAUUGGCUGGAGUAGACUUAAAGGAUAGGUUCACAUUUUAUUUACAGCCAGUUAUGCCAAUAACUCUUGAAAUGAACAUAUGGGCAUGUGAGUGUUGUAUUAAGAUAGACUUGAAAAACAUGCAAACCCAUCCUGUAAAGGCGAUUGUUGCGAUGGACUUUUUAAAAACCUACAAAUAAAUGUCAGUGAUUCCACAGCUGCUGUUUUUGCAAAUACAAAAACAUAUUUAUAAGCUGCUGUGUACAGUUCAAAGUACUUUUUAGAACUUAAAGUUAUUUAUUUGUCUUAUGAACCGUGUACAAAACAUUUAUGGAUGGAAAGUUAUUCAUUUUCAAGCAAUAAUCUCUGAAAUCUUACUAGAAAGUCUCCAUCUAGACAUUUUGAAACUAGUCUCACUUUGGUCACCGUUUUGGAAAUGAGUGCUAAAGAACGUCAUGCCGUGUCAAUGAAAACACACUCAUUAAGGAACAGUGUGUGGACCAGGCUUUAAAGACUCGAAAAGAAAAAUCAAAAAUAUUAAUAAUACAAGCAGAAAUACUGAGUAAACCUCUGAAUUGGCGGAUUUCAUCAUCAUCAUCAUCAUCCAAUCAUGAAAGUGAUUUUUAUCCUGGCGGUUAUUUCCUAUGGUUUCAAAUGGUCAAUAUUUUCCUGUCUGUCUUCCUGCCUCCUCCUGAAUAACUUGAAGCAUCUCAGUCUUCCAAUAAUGAACAAACAGGUUUAAGGACAUUAUGUGUGUGUGUGUGUGUGUGUGUUUAUCUAUGCAGUAUUUGGUCUCACGGUGCAGUAACUCUGUCUCAACAACAAGCAACUGUAAAAAGAAGACAAAGUGUCAAAUCCAUGUUGAUGAUGCUGAUUAACCUCCGCUAAGGCUGUUCGACAGCAGCUUGUUGAGUAUGAACAGCUCUGAGCUCUUCAACUGAACUUCCUUCUCUGUCUGAUGAUGUCAUCAUGAUGCAAUAAUGUACAGAUCAGCUGCUGCUUUUCUAUUCGCUUCUAUCCGCUUCCUUAUCAGCAAUACUGAGGCCCGAGAGUCUUGAUACUAGUCCGAGUCCGGAUACUGGGACCGAGUUUCAAUACUGGAAUGAAACAAACAGGGAUGCACUGUUUAAAUUGAAGCGUUGUUUCUAGUUGACAUGAUACAAACAUUUUUUUUCAAACCGUCAUAAAGUUUUUGUUGAAAACUGAGAUUGUGUGUGUGUGUGUGUGUGUGUGUGUGUGUAAGUGAGUGUGUGUAUUCUCUCUGUGCUUGGAAUGAACCUCUACCAUCUGAUCACUUUACUUCCAAAAUAAAAGCAAAUUUUUCAUUAACUCAGAGGACAUGCAAACUAAUAAACUAAUAAUUUAAGUGUUUAAAGGAACAGUUCACCCAAAGUGGUGCCCUGAAGCACCACUCUGAACCAGACAGUAGUUGUUUUUAACACAUCUGACCCAUUGGCUGGAAAGUUAUUUGUGCCAGUGGGUAUUGAAUUAGAAUUUUAUAUUUAAAAAUGUAUUUAAAAAUGUUUCACUAAAUAUAUUAAAAAUCAAUAAAUCCAGAUUUUGAAAAUCCAAGUUUAAACUAUGGUGACACAUCAGAUUCAGUUUUCCUAGACUCUGCAAGAUUAUCUUGACUGGAGACAGGUGAGUUGCUUAAAGUGAAUCGUCAAGAUGUUGAUAAAACAAGAAACAGUUCAGAGUUGAAAAGAGACAGAUAUAUCCUUUAGAUUUCAGCUCAGAACAGCAGCGUUCAGUCUUCCUCAGACAUGUUAAGAGCUGACACUUCCUGCUUUAGAGAACCUCCGUCCACUUCUUCAUGUACAGUAUUUAUUCUCUGAGCUUGUUUUUUAUGAUGAUGAUGAUCAUGAUGCAAAUAUGCAAACGCAAAGCAUAUUGAGAUUAUGUAACAUUUCUCUCUUUAUCAUUUUAUUUCUGUAAAUUUGUUUUAUUUGUUUUCAUUAAAAACUGCUGAACGUGCUACAUCAGUCCUGCAUUCUUUUUAAAUAAAGAUAUUAGCCGAG